AUGCGUCUCACCUGUCGCUCUUCCCUGUUCACUCCUUGGCUUUCCCUUCUCCUCUCCGUCACCCUCCUACUCAGCCUGGCAGUCUGCAUCCCCAGCGUCGCUCUCGCCCUUCCCACCCAACAGUAUGAGCCUACCGCAGGCAACUUUGACUCCGCCGUUGUCGACGACCGCAGCGAUGGUGACAGCGGGCAUGUCGCUAAGCGUUCUCAGGACAUCAAUGGUACAGAUGUAAAACUCGCUCCCAGGGCCAGAGAGGGCGUCUACUGCCACCAUCCCAAUGCUGGGAACUCAGGACAGUGCUUUUUGAGCUGGGACAGACUUUGGGAUCUUCGCAAGCGCGUCUGCAGCUCUCCCUCCUCCUUCGGUUUCAACGCUGGUCGUCCCCAUGCCACCUGGGUCACCAACUGCCCCGGCCCCAUCGGGAUCUACUUUGGCUCUGACUCCCAGGGCAACCUGCCCAACUGCUGGGACCGCAUCAGCGACGCUCUUCAGGAAUGCCUCACCGACGGACGUACGGGCUCAAACAAAUUCGCAGACGGCACGGCGUGGCAUCAUGACGGUGAGGUGUACAAAGCUGUACGCUACACGAUGAGCAACGGGGACUACGUCAACCAGAAGGGGCCCGGUGACAGCGAUGCCCUUGACAACACGCUGAAUGAAGGGGGCAAAGGUGGCGGUCCAAUGAAAGUCGAGCUGACCAGUAGCAGUUUUGAGGCUAAGAUGCCACCCAGAAAGGAUACGGCCAAGAGAGGGGACAGCUUUGCCAGCAAGAAGGAGAGCUCCCUUCCCCCUCCUUUCGAGAACAUCACUGGCGGCCAUACCAGCGGUGAUGAUGGGUUCGAGUUCAAUUACAAAAACUGGCUCGAAACGAUCCGACGAUACCUCGAAGCGGAGGGCUUCAAAGUUCCCAAGGACCUUCAGCUGCAUCGCCUCGAGUACGAGGGUCAUCGCUACGACCACGGCGGGAAGGAAGUUGAGGUCAUUAAACGGAGCGAGCAGGGGCAUCAUGCCGGCAGGCCGAGCAUGGAGCAAGUUGGGCCUCUGCAGGGAGGCUUGUGGUAGCUAGGUCUGGGUGCGACAGGU